AUGACUUGGGAACUGCCUCCUGAUGAGAUUCAGCCGGUUCAUGGUUGGUGGGGUUCUCGACGCGGAACUCUGGGUCUUUACGAGGGGCUGCGUCUAGCUUGGGAUAAAGGUUUGCGGAGGAUUUUAGUGGAAUCGGACAGCAAAGAUACGAUAACUUUGCUUAUCAAGAGAGAAGCUUCAAGGGGUGUUUCGUCGUUAAUCCCGCGCGUCCAUGAAUUUCUGCAACGCGAUUGGUCUAUUUCGCUUCGUCAUGUCCCCAGGGAGUGCAACAGAGUAGUGGAUACCUUGGCUCACCUGGCGUGGACUCUUCCACAUGAGUAUGUUGUAUUCCACGGUCCUCCAGAGGAGUGCAACGCUGCCUUCCAUGAUGAUACUUUAACUGCUGCCAUGUAG